AUGGAAAAGAAAUAUUGGAUACAUAAAACCAUUCGUCCGUCAACCUAUCCUAUAAAUUUUAUCACAGGAAAUUGGUUUGACGCUGUAAAUGAAGGAAUUGAAUAUACAAUCAUUAAUUAUUUAACGCAUCUUCAAGUAUUUGAAGUCAAAUUAGAAAAUGGAAUAUACCGCUCGAUGUAUCCAAAAAUAUUACAACAAUUCAUGUCGAAAGUGUACGCAAUUGUCAAAGGAAAACCCGAAAAUGGAAUAGAUACCUUUUUUGCGUUAAGAAAAAACGAUAUAGUCCACUACAUAUUCGAUAGAAAAGAAGCUCUAUUCAAAGUUCUCCACGUUCUUGAGUUAAAACCGUUAGGAAUUAACCCAACCAACCUUUUCAUGAUAGAUAGCCUUUUAAUAACAUCUUGCCCGCACGGAUCUCUUUCAUCUUUCGAUAUUAACAACUGGAGGAUAACGAAAGUUGAUAAACCAACGAAUUUUGUUUUAUUAUCUUUUAUUACUCCAGGAAAGACAUUAUGUAGGAUAGAAGGAGGAAAUAUUAUCGCUUAUUACAACCCUUACACCCUCGAACUGCUCUCUAAAAAGUCAAUUUCAGUUACAGGCUACAAAUUGUUUUCUGCUUUCCAGUAUAUGGAUGGCGCCAUCAUCUGUUAUGUUUCUGAGACGGAAUCUGAAGAGGGAAUACCUCCAAUGUUCUAUUACAUCUCAGAAAAUGUCGAAUUAACCGAAGUUGACACUUUAGUACAAAUUCAGCAAGUAAUUCACGAGGGUCUACCAUUUGAUGAAAAAUCAUCGUGCUUUUUUACAGAAAAAAUGGAGUUUUAUCAAAUUUCAGACGAAUUAAACUUCAAUGUUACAAAAAUACCAGUUACUACAAGAGAAGAACAUUACUUUACUAAGCUCUUGCCAUUCGCUGACAAGGUUUUGAUGGCUAUCGCGAUAAGUGGCGAAUCAUUGUUAAUAUCUCCUCCUCCAACGAAGCAUACGCUUGUA